UUGAAACUUAAAAUGCUUCAAAUAUUCAUUACUAUAACAUGUGGAACUGCUGCCUUAAAAACAACCAAGUAUCAUCACAAGAUGAAGAUAAAGAAGGUGAGAAAGUUGAGAAGAUCAUAAAGACAAUUUCAUGUGGCAUGAAGAAGAAGGUAAGGCUCAAAACAGAAGAUGGUGAAGGAAGUCAUCAUGGUGAUUCUGCAAGUGGCCCUGUGAGGAUUAGGCUGGUGGUGACUAAGGAAGAAUUGAAGAGGAUGUUGAGAAAUAGGAAUGAGAAUGAUCCUCAGCACACUUCGUUGGAGCAGUUACUAAGCGAUAUGGUGUUGAGAGAUAAAAGGGUGUUUGAGGUUGAAAAAUAUGGUGGGAGCGUAAAUUCUUGGAGGCCAGGUUUAGAAAGCAUUCCGGAGGAUUGCUCAACGAAGUAGUUUGUUGUUAUGAUAUCUCCUAUCUGUAAAUAAUCACAAUACUUUCCUUUUCUAUUUGUUGUUACUCCUUAUGAAUUAAGUAGUUUCAAUUAUUUGAGUAGCUUGUACAAUAGAAAUGUGAAAUGAAGUUUGAGCUUAUGAUUUUGGGUGGAUGUAGUAGUAUGGAAUGGUUCGGUGUUGGCCGUGAAAGAUCCAUUUUGUUUGGAUGAGGCACUGAGAACCAUUUGAUAUAUUGCGAUUAUGUAAUUUUUGCUCAUGAUAAAUCAUUUCUUUUUUAUAUGUAUUAUUACUCGCACACAUAUAAACCAAAAAAAAAACAUGAUUAAUGAUAUUCUAGCCAA